AUGGUGGUCCAAGAGUUCUUUCAUUUACCGGUUUUCCUCUUCCUGUUGGCACUGUUACAUUCAGUAUCUACUCAGUACAACAGUGAUACACGUGAAGUCUCCAUCUUUGGCAUGAUGCUUCAAAACCACAUCUUUAAAACAAUCACUGGAGCAGCACUUAGCGAUGUGUGUCUUCUGGAAUGUUAUCGUGACGUCAGAUGCCAAAGCUUUAAUUAUGUGUUCACCCAAGACAAGUGUGAGCUUAGCGACCGCACGAAGGAAGCCAGGCCUGAAGAUUUUGUACCGAACUCUGAGAGAUAUUACUUCAGGCGAGAUAUGAAGAGAGCUCAUCUCGGUGCCAUUCCAGAGCUGCCUGCAGACUCGUGUAAGGAAAUCAAGUCGAGUGAAGGUGGACAAGCGGUGAGCGGAAAAUACUGGUUGAAUUUCAUCAAACCGGACACUCCUGUGUUGGCUCACUGUGACAUGAAGACUGAAGGAACAUUUGAUCUUAAAACCAAUGGAAGAAGCGGACGCUUCGGUAUUAAACAGACCUUUACCGUUACACGGACCACUUGCUAUCUCAUCAGAGCUUGGGGCGCUCGGGGAGGAACACAUUCAUACAAUUAUGGAGACAGUCGAGGAACAUAUUAUGGGGGAAAAGGAGCGUUGAAAGAAAACAAUUUCUUUCUGAAUAAUGGAACAGUGCUAAAUAUUGUGGUGGGACAAAGAGGAGGAGAUUCGGUGGAGGUUGUAGGCGGUCAAAGUACUAACAAGACAGCAGCUCAGCUCGGAGUGUCCGUGGAGGACAAUGCUGGCACUGGAGGAGGGGGAGGAAGUUUUGUCUAUACUGAAGAUAAUGUGCUGCUGCUAGCGGCCGGAGGAGGAGGGGGUGCGUCUGGUGGAUAUAAUGGUGUAGAUGGUCAGGUGGGAUCAAAUGGAACCAGAAGUGUGGGGAAAGCUUCGUCACAAGCUCGAAAUGGAGGUACAGAUGGGCAGCCAGGUGAAUGUAACAGUGAGGGCGCUAGCUACCAUGGAGGAGUGGGUGCGGGUUGGCUUGGUCAAGGUUGUACACGGCUAGGUACCUCUCACGGGGAAAGAGGUGGAUCACUUGCUCAAGGCUGGAUUGGAGGUCGAGCGGGUGGCAUGAACAGUGGAAACAAUGGCGGGCCUGCACCAGGAGCAGUGGGAGGGUUUGGCGGUGGUGGAGGAGGAUCAGAGGAUAACGGUGCAUCAGGAGGAGGUGGAGGGUACUCUGGGGGAGGCAGUGGUACCCACUCAAACCAAGCUGGAGGGGGAGGAGGUUCGUUUUGCAGUGGUCAGAGUUGUUCUGGUUUGACUGGUGGGAACUCAAAUGAUGAUGGCCUUGUGCAAAUUAUAGAAUUUCUGGGCUGA